AUGGAGCUACACGUGUUGGUGCUAUCAUUCAUUCUCGCCCUGCCAGUGUCUUCGUUCACCUAUAGGAACAAACUACAGCCCCUUAUGCCAAACGUUUGUGCGGAGCAAGAGCUGGUGAUAGUGGGGCACAGGCAGCCAUGUGUCCAAGCGUUCACUCGGAUGGUCAAAGUGUGGAAACAGGGCUGUGGAGGACAGCUGUGGUGCACAGGCUAUGAACGGAGAACAGCCUAUUACACAGACUACAGGCAGGUGUACAGCAUGGAAUACCAGACUGUGUACAAGUGCUGCCCAGGAUGGUCCCAGCUUGGAGGGGAUGCUGGCUGUCUUUACUCUGUCUGCAAUUAUGGAGUUUGUUUCAAUGGAGGAAACUGCAUGGAAGGAUCUUCUCAGCUCUGUCGCUGCCCUUCUGGUUUCCAGGGACCCCGCUGUCAGUAUGAUGUCAAUGAAUGCGAAGCCAGCAAUGGUGGUUGUGAGUCCCAGUGCUGCAAUACGAUUGGGAGCUUCUACUGCAAGUGCCCCGAUGGGCUGAGGCUGAAGGGAGACGGGAAGGCGUGUGGAGAUGUUGAUGAGUGCCAAGUUCACAACGGGGGCUGCCAGCACAGAUGUGUGAACACCCUGGGAUCCUAUUACUGUGAGUGCAAGCCAGGCUUUCGCCUGCACACUGAUGGCAGGACCUGCCUUGCUGUGAACACCUGUGCCGUCAGCAAUGGUGGAUGCGAACACGAUUGCGUGCAGCUGACCCUAACACAGCAUCAGUGCCGGUGCCGGCCCAAUUACCACCUGAAGGAGGAUGGCAAGCACUGUGUCCUGAGGAACCCGUGUGCCAAUAGGAAUGGAGGCUGCAUGCACCAGUGCCAAAAUCGCCGUGGAAUAGUGCACUGUGAGUGCCACCCUGGCUACAGACUGGCAGCUGACAGCAAGGCCUGCGAAGACGUAGAUGAAUGUGCGACUGGGCUGGCCGUGUGCGCACACAGCUGUCUCAACACCCGCGGCUCCUUUAAAUGCACUUGCAAUCCUGGGUAUGAGCUGGGGGAAGAUGGCAAGCAGUGCUACAGGAUAGAGAUGGAGAUUGUGAAUAGCUGUGAGGCCAAUGGUGGCUGUUCCCAUCUAUGCCGUCACACCAGCUCCGGCCCUGUCUGCUCCUGUAAUUUUGGCUACCAGCUUGAUGAGGACCAGAAAACCUGCAUUGAUAUCGAUGACUGUGACGCACGUUCUCGUUGCUGUCAGCAGGACUGUUACAAUUAUCCUGGCGGCUACGAAUGUGUUUGCUAUGCUGGAUACAGGCUCAACACCGACGGUUGUGGGUGUGAUGAUGUGGAUGAGUGCUCCUCAAAUAACGGUGAGUGUGAGCACACGUGCCAGAACCUGGUGGGGUCCUUCCAGUGCAGCUGCCAGAUUGGAUACAAACUAGAUGAAGACCGGAGGAGCUGUAUUCCUCUGGAUGACCCCAUGGAGGCCCUUGACGGACAACGCCCCAUCAUACGCCCUAUUCCUCACGUUGCCAUCCUGCGUGAUGAGUUCACCCAGCUCUUUGAUGAGGAGUAUGAGGAGGAGGAGGAAGAGGUGGAAGCAAGAGGAGAGCACACACUUUCGGAAAAAUUUGUCUGCUUGGAGGACACCUUUGGUCAUGACUGCAGCCUGACAUGUGAUGAUUGCAGAAAUGGUGGAACAUGCAAUGAGGACCAGACUGGCUGUGACUGUCCGGAGGGCUGGAGUGGAGUCCUAUGCAAUCAGACCUGUCCCGAAGGCACCUUUGGGAGGAACUGCAGCUUCACCUGCCACUGUAAGAAUGGAGCCACGUGUGAUCCAGUGACUGGGAAGUGCCGCUGCCCGCCUGGGGUCAGUGGAGAACUGUGUGAGGAUGGCUGCCCUAAGGGAUUCUUUGGGAAACAAUGCAGGAAGAAAUGCAACUGUGCCAACAGAGGUCGGUGCCAUCGAAUUUACGGGGCCUGUUUGUGUGACCCUGGACUUUACGGACGAUACUGCCAUUUAGCCUGCCCGAAGUGGGCCUAUGGGCCCGGGUGCUCCGAAGAAUGCCUGUGUGUGCAGCAGAAUACCCAGGAGUGUGACAAGAAGGACGGCUCCUGCAGAUGCAAACCUGGUUAUCAUGGCAAAAGGUGUCAGACAAAGUGUGACUCUGGCUAUUACGGUGGCGGCUGCAAGAACAAAUGUAGUUGCCCCCUGGGAGUUUCCUGUGACCACGUGAGCGGAGAGUGUCAGAAAGAGUGUCCCGAAGGUUACCAUGGGGAGAACUGCGACCAAGAGUGCCCAGAAGGGACAUUUGGAGUUAACUGUUUACAAUCCUGUUCCUGUGGCAGCUCCCCCUGCGACCGGCUCACUGGGAAGUGCAUCUGUUUGCCGGGUAGAACAGGACUUGACUGUGGCCGAGCUUGCCCCGCUGGCCGCUGGGGAGUGGGCUGCCAGGAGAUCUGCCUGGAGUGUGAGAACGACGCCAGCUGUGACCCGGCCACGGGUGCCUGCCUGUGUCCACCUGGAUACGUUGGCGACCGCUGCCAGGAUGUGUGUCCAGCUGGCUGGUUUGGGCCAGGCUGCCAGAUGAGAUGUAGCUGUGGGAAUGAUGGGCACUGUCACCCGGUGACAGGGAAAUGUAGCUGUGCUCCUGGCUGGACUGGGGAUAACUGCAGGAGAGCCUGUGACGCUGGCCACUGGGGCCCCGAUUGUGCUAACACUUGCAACUGCAGCAACAGUGACGGCAGCUGCAAUAUGAGGACAGGACAGUGCAUUUGUGAAGCUGGCUCCACGGGACUCCAUUGUGAUCAGAAGUGUCCAGAAGGAUGGUUUGGGCUAAGCUGCCGACACCGGUGUCAGUGCGACAAUGGAGCCGUCUGUGACCAUGUCAGUGGGGCGUGCACUUGCAGCCCUGGCUGGAGCGGGACGUUCUGUGAGCGUGCCUGUCCCGAUGGAUUUUAUGGCCUGGAGUGUCAGAAAACCUGCACAUGUCUGAAUGGAGCCCGCUGUGAUCAUGUGACAGGGCGCUGCAUCUGUCCCGCCGGCUGGAUUGGCCUUCACUGUAACCAGACUUGUGAGGAUCACUGGUAUGGAGAGAAUUGCAGUCAGGCAUGCAGCUGCUUUAAUGAUGCCAUCUGUGACCAUGUUAGUGGACGGUGUCUCUGUGCGGCUGGAUGGACAGGUGCCACCUGCCAGCAAGCGUGUCCAUAUGGUUUCUAUGGCGUGAACUGUCACCAGCACUGCCUCUGUCGGAAUGGCGGAACGUGUGACCCCGUCACAGGGCACUGCACGUGCCUAGGAGGAUGGACUGGAUUGGCUUGUGAGCUGGAAUGUGCGCAAGGACGGUAUGGUGUGGAUUGCCAGCAAGCCUGCGACUGCCAGAACAGGGGGCUGUGUGACCAUCAGACAGGCCACUGCAUCUGCCGGGCUGGCUGGACUGGGCAGCAGUGCCAAAGCGCUUGCCCGGAGGGUACGUUCGGAGAGCACUGUGCAGAGCAGUGCGCCUGUGGGGAUGGAGUCUCGUGCCACCACGUCACUGGCGCCUGCGACUGCCCCACGGGCUGGAGGGGCCAGCGCUGUGAGAAAGCCUGCCUGCCUGGUUCAUUUGGGAAGGACUGUGCCAGCCGCUGCGACUGCCCCCCAGGAACGCCUUGCAACCAUGUCACUGGCCAGUGUGGCUGCCCUCCAGGAUUUAUGGGCCAUGGAUGUGAACAAUCCUGUCUGCCAGGGACCUUUGGGCUGAACUGUGCUCAGGCUUGCCAGUGCCCAGAAGUGAACCAAGACUGUCACCCUGUCACUGGGGCGUGUAUCUGUGCACCUGGUUAUCAUGGAAGAAAUUGCCAGCUAAGAUGUUCAGCUGGUUGGUAUGGCCCCAAUUGUGAGCAGCAGUGUAAGUGUAGGAAUGGAGGACGCUGUGAGACCACCACAGGGACAUGUCAGUGUCCCGCUGGGUACGUCGGCGCUGACUGCAGUAUCGGCUGUCCUAUUGGUCGCUAUGGCAAGGACUGCAGGCACCUGUGUUCCUGUGGAGAAGGAGCCACCUGUCACCACGUGACAGGCAUCUGCAUUUGUCCAGCAGGAAGAACUGGUGCCAGCUGUGAACACGUCUGCCAGAAAAACCGGUACGGGGCAGGCUGCAAGCAGACGUGCUCCUGCCAGAACGGAGGAAUCUGUCAUGCGGCCGACGGCUCCUGUUUGUGUGGGCUUGGGCGGACCGGGAAAUUCUGCGAACUGGAAUGCCCACCCGGGAAGUACGGCGCCAACUGCCAGCUGAACUGUGCGUGCCGGAAUAAUGGGACUUGUGACCCAGUGACGGGAGCCUGCCACUGCCUCAGAGGGCACUACGGGCACUUAUGUGAGCACACCUGCCCUCCAGGUUUCCAUGGACUGCGUUGUCAGGAGUCGUGUGAUUGUCAGAAUGGAGCAACUUGUGACCCAGUGACCGGUCAGUGUCUGUGUCCUGCUGGCUUCCACAAAGACCGCUGUCAGACAGGCUGCGAGGAGGGGCGGUAUGGAAAGCGUUGCCAGCAGUUGUGCGACUGUGAAGGAAACGCACCAUGCGAUCCAGUCACUGGGCGCUGCCUGUGUCCGCCUGGAAAAACCGGCACCAAGUGUGACCUGGACUGCCGCAUGGAUAAAUUUGGCCCCGAUUGCACCCUGACCUGUGACUGUGCCUCUGUCAACUCUUUCUGCAAUGCUCAGAAUGGCCAGUGCACUUGCAUUAAUGGGUACAUAGGACCCACAUGUCAAGAAGCUGUGGCAGCUAGAAUAUCCUACCUGUCCUCUCCCAGGAGAGCUUUCCAGCCUGUGAAACAUUAG